UCGGGCUAACUGCGGGGCCGACCCGGAUGGCGGGCGGCGCGGGCUGGGCGGGCGCCCCCGCGGCUCUGCUGCGCUCGGUGCGCCGCCUGCGCCAGGUGUUCGAGGUGUGCGGCCGCGACCCCGACGGCUUCCUGCGCGUGGAGCGGGUCGCGGCGCUCGGCCUGCGCUUCGGCCAGGGCGAGGAGGUGGAAAAACUUGUGAAAUAUUUGGAUCCCAACGACCUGGGCAGAAUCAACUUCAAGGACUUUUGCCGGGGAGUGUUCGCCAUGAAAGGGUGUGAGGAGCUGCUGAAGGACGUGCUGUCCAUGGAGAGCGCGGGGACGCUGCCCUGCGCCCCAGAGAUCCCAGACUGCGCGGAGCAGGGCAGCGAGGUGCCCGGCCCCACCUUUGCUGACGGCGAGCUCCUCCCCAGGGAGCCCGGCUUCUUUCCUGAGGAUGAGGAGGAGGCUAUGACGCUGGCCCCGCCCGAGGGACCCCCGGAGUUAGACAUGGACAGCCCCAUGGAGAGCGCCCAGAGCCUGGAGGGGUCGGUCGGGAGUCCUGCUGAGGAGAAGGAUGGGGGUCUCGGGGGCCUCUUCCUGCCAGAGGACAAGUCCCUGGGCCACACUCCGUCCAUGAUGACGUCGGACCUGUCCACGCACUCCACCACCUCGCUCCUCAGCAACGAGGAGCAGUUCGAAGACUACGGGGAGGGGGAUGACGUGGACUGUGCCCCCAGCAGCCCCUGCCCCGACGACGAGACCAGGACCAACGUCUACUCGGACCUGGGGUCUUCAGUGUCUUCCAGCGCGGGGCAGACGCCUAGGAAAGUGCGGCACACGUACGACAGCGAGUUGCUGGACGUGUACUGCUCUCAGUGCUGCAAGAAAAUCAACCUGCUGAACGACCUGGAAGCCCGACUGAAGAACCUGAAGGCCAACAGCCCCAACCGAAAGAUCUCUAGCACGGCCUUUGGACGGCAGCUCAUGCACAGCAGCAACUUCAGCAGCAGCAACGGCAGCACCGAGGACCUGUUCCGGGACAGCAUCGACUCCUGUGACAACGACAUCACCGAGAAGGUGAGCUUCCUGGAGAAAAAGGUGACAGAACUGGAGAAUGACAGCCUGACCAAUGGUGACCUGAAGAGCAAGCUGAAGCAGGAGAACACCCAGCUGGUGCACAGGGUGCACGAGCUGGAGGAGAUGGUGAAGGACCAGGAGACCACGGCGGAGCAGGCACUGGAGGAGGAGGCGCGGCGACACCGGGAGGCCUACAGCAAGCUGGAGAGGGAGAAGAGCACGGAGAUCGAGCUGCUGCACACCAGGGUGCAGCAGUUGGAGGAGGAAAACACGGAGCUCAGAACAACAGUGACACGGCUCAAGUCGCAGACGGAGAAGCUGGACGAGGAACGGCAGCGCAUGUCCGACCGGCUGGAGGACACCAGCCUGCGGCUCAAGGAUGAGAUGGACCUGUACAAGCGCAUGAUGGACAAGCUGCGGCAGAACCGCCUUGAGUUCCAAAAGGAGCGGGAGGCAACGCAGGAGCUCAUCGAGGACUUGCGGAAGGAGCUGGAGCACCUGCAGAUGUACAAGCUGGACUGCGAGCGGCCAGGCAGGGGCCGCAGCUCAUCCUCCGGCCUGGGCGAGUUCAGCGCCAGGGCGCGCGAGGUGGAGCUGGAGCACGAGAUCAAGCGGCUCAAGCAGGAGAACCACAAGCUGCGGGAUCAGAAUGAUGACUUGAAUGGGCAGAUCUUGAGCCUCAGCCUCUACGAAGCAAAGAACCUCUUUGCCACCCAGACCAAAGCCCAGUCUCUGGCUGCAGAAAUAGACACAGCCUCUCGCGAUGAGCUCAUGGAAGCCCUCAAGGAGCAGGAGGAGAUCAACUUCCGGCUGCGACAGUACAUGGACAAGAUCAUCCUUGCCAUCCUGGACCACAACCCUUCCAUCCUCGAGAUCAAACACUGAGACGGGGAUGCUGGCUGCAGAGUGGCCUCAGGACCCCAGGACCCCAGGACCCCAGGACCAAAGGGCAGACCCUGCCUGAGGCUGCGGCCCCGGCUGGGCCUCACACACCCACUGUAAAUGUCUCUCUGUCCACGAUGUAAUGUGUCCUGGUGUGGAUGGGGGGGGGGGCGUGCACAUUGGGGCUGUGGCUGGGGGGUGACACCUGUGCAGUCAGCUAUUCGCGCACUUCGUGGUCCCUCUGCAGGGGCAGAGGGUCCUGGGGGUGCAGGGGCCGAGGUCUACAGUCAGGAGUCACUGUAUUAACAAGAACUGGAAGCUUGUGUUUCAGAUACUGGAUAACAUGAUUCUACCUCUGGGGAUGAGGAUUCAGAAGCACUCUAGGGAGACAGGCUCUUUUCCACCGCUUUAUUCCCCCAGGAGUAGGAGCAAAAUUACCAUCUUUUCCAGGAGUUCGAAUGCCCAGCAGCUGUGUCCUCACCAACCUCUUUGGCCACCUGUGAAGUCCAGGUGCUUGAACUCAGGAGGAGGAAGGGGCAUGCAGGAGGAACACGAAGGGGGCCUCUCAGCCCCUCCCGGGCGGGCCGCCCCUGUGAGCCUGAGCAAGCUGUGUCCCAGGGACUCAGGCUUGGGAAGACCCACCCGCAUUCUGGGAGUUCUCGGCAUUUUUAGAGCGCCUGUCCCUGCUUAUCUACCUCUCCCUUCCUGUUUUUGUUUUGCUUAUAAGACAAGGAGAAAUGCUGUAAGGUGUAGGGAUUCAAAAGAAGGGGAAGGAGGCUGAGGGGCGGGGGUGAUGCUCACCUGCCCCGCAGUGUCCUUCUCCCGGCUGCAUUCUGAAAGAGGCCGGGGUGGAUCCUUGCGUCUGCAGGCCGGGGCGGGCCUGGCUCCCCAGUCCCUGCUCUCUGCACAGCCUGGCAACAGCGGGCCUCGGGUCUGGGCACUCAGAGCCGGGGCUCCGGGCUGGGCUGGGCUCCUGGGGGUCAGCUGGGGGAGUUUCAGGGAAACCUUAGUCUUUCAUCUUCAUGGGAUGUGUGAGAAUUCUCACUCUGGAUGGAUGUUAAUGCAGUUUUUCGUUCCAGGCAGCUGGGAGUAGGUACGGUGCUUUUUUUUUUAGUUUUUUCCUGUGUUUCUCCGUUGUAUAGGGCUGAUGCGUUUCCUUAAUCCAAAUAGACAUACACGUGGAUGGUCCUUAUUUUUCUCCCCCGCAGGUUGCUUUCGUUAGCACUCCUGGUGCAGAGGGGAAGUCUGGGCGUGCCGGAGAGGGAACAGAGGGGACCAGAGAGGGAACAGAGGGGACCAUGGGAGGGGACAGGGCAGUGGGGGGUGCGGAGGGCACCUGGGGAACCGGGUGUGUCCCUGCUCACGGUGGCAGGUCUGUGGCCACGACUGACCAUCCCUCAUGCCAGUCCACUUUUGCUUCCGUUGGACUCUGUGGUUUCUCUGUGGGCUUGUGCGCGGGGUUUGUUUUUGUCCCGCCAGUGGCGGGGCACACUGGCCCAACCCAGGAGUUCCGGCCGCCCGCGCCAGGAGGGCCAGGGCAGGGUCAGUCCUCUGGGGGUUUCUCACCCUGACGACACUGGCCUCCUCGGGCUCCCCUGAGGGUCUGAGCAGUGGCCGUGGAAGGGUGACUUAAGGAGUGGGUCUUCUGAGAACGUGCUGGUGGGAAGGCGUGGCCACAAUCCAAGGGACAGGAGAGAAGAACCGCAGCCUGAGGGCUUUGGUCUGGGUUCACUGGGAGGGAGUCCUGCAGAGAGGCCGGCGCCCCAGAGACCAGCGUUCUAUGUGUAAAACUGCACGUGCUCUUUAGCUACGUUGGUGUGGAAUUCUCCAGAAGGUCGAGGAGAGGCCUGAGUGGCAGGCGGGGCCACGAACGCUCCAGGGAAGCACCCGUCUGAAAGGCCCCUGGGGACCUGGUGUGGGGCUUGGGGUCUCAGGAAGAGGGAGCAGUCUCUACUUCAUGCGAGACUGAAUUCCAGGAACACACACCUAAAGUUACACCUGCCCCUCUGACUUCGGCCAGAAUACCUCGUAUAAAACUGUCCAAUUGGCUUUUUAAAAUCAGACUUUUAAAAAGCGCUCUUCUGCGCUUGGAAGCUAGCCUGAGGAGGGCAGACGGCCCAGGCGCCCUGGCCUCCCCCCACCAUCCCCCCCGCCCGCGGGCCGGGUGGGAGCUGUGCUCCCCCUGGGUGGGUGCAAGGGGCAGACCGCCGUCUCCUGUGCUCCCUCCCCCCUCGCCGGUUCUCAGGGCGAGAGUUCUCCUGCCUCUUAGUACUGGGGCUGUCAGCUAGCGCAUGGGAUGUCCAGGUAAAUCUGAAUUUCAGGUUAAUGACAAAUAAUUUUUAGGAGGAGUAUAUUCUGUGCAAUACUUGGCACAUAUUUAAAGUGGAGAGGAUUUUGAAAUCCUGAUACCUAGGUCAAAUCCCCAGAGGUUCUGAUUUCACUGGUGUGGGUGCAGCCCAGGCAUCAGAAUGUUCAAAGGAUUCCCCACCCCAGGUGAUUGUAAUUUGUUACAAUUUAACUGGGUGUCCUAUGUGGGUUUUGAUUUUUGUUUUUGCCAAACCCGUGUAGGGGCGGGCCGGCACCACCUUGCCUGAAGUACGGAAGUGUCGGGGCAGGGGGGCUCCCGCGGCAGAGUCACGCUGUGCAGACGCUGGGCCGUCCUCGGGUUCAAGUCAAGACCAGACAAAAUCCGCUGAACCCGCGAGCUAGUUUUAUGGACAGUAUCUGAUAGCAAAGGAAGCACUUUCUGGAUUAGGUGGCCCUGUUCUGUGGGAAAGUAUAAGAUACAAAGUCCUGGUAAAAAAAAAAAGUUUUUUAAACUUUGAAUUGGCCAACCUUAGAUAAGGUAUCUUAUUUUAAAUGUGUUAGAUUCUUUGCAAAUUGUAAGAGAGAGAUUCCUUUAGCUUGACUUUAUUUCCGACCUAUGAAAAACACACAAAGUUCGAGAACUUUCCGCAGCCCUUGGACCUGAAACUGGUUCUCAGCUCCGCUCAGGCACUGGAGUCACCUGGGGAGGGUUAGAAAAUUCUGCUGACUGGGCUGACCCCCCUGCCCCCGCCAGGUUGGGGUUUAAUUGGUGUGGGUGUGGCCCAGGCGUCCACGGGUUAAAAGGGCUCCCCGGGUGAUGCCAGCGUGCAGCCGGGGCUGAGGCCCUGGCAGAGCGGGUUGUGUGCUGGCAGGGGUGGGGAUGGCUGCUGGGCUUGUUAACCCGGGUGCUGGCCAAAAGCCACUCGGGUGUCAGUGGCUUUUCCUGAUGGGAAGUCAGAUGGUGAGAGGUUAGCACAUCCCUUGCCCCCAGGAUGGGAGGCCAGAUGCCUUCAGGAGCUGGUGGAUCCAGCGCUUGUCAGCAGCCCGGGGGUUAGCAGUUCUGAGUGGGCAGGUCCGCUUGGCUCCCAGGCAGUCGUGGGUGGCACGUGCUGGGAUAUGGGAGUGGAGUGGAGCGGAGCGGGGUAGGGAGCUGACCAGCAGCCUCAGAAACAGCAGUCACCUCCUCCCCCAGCUGAGCUGCAGGGGCUGCUGGCUUUUCGGGGUCUGCCUCCAGCCGGUUUUCACCAGGGUGGGUGAAGGCUGCCCCAGCCCCUCCCCUGUUCGCAGCCAAACCAGCACCUGGCCUGCAGCCAGGAGGCCCCAGGGGCUGCUACCCUGGCGAGUCCGAUUCCCGGCCCAAGGCGGCCUGGUAGUUAGGGGUGUGGGGUGGGCUCUCUUGCUGCCACAAGGGACUUCGUAAUGGACAGAGGCCUGCAGGGGCAAGUGGGCCUGUGGCUCAGGGAGAAAUUAGCCCUCUUGUGCUCCAUGGGUAUGGUGUUUAACAUACUAGCAAAUAUACACCUAAAAGCUAAUCUUAGGUGUGAUUGAAACGGAGGACGCUGUGGACGGCCACCAUGCCAAGGAAAUGACUUUGCUGUCCUGGCACAUCAUCAGCGUCUCUUUUAAAGGGGGGGGGUGUUAAAUGGAGGAGAGGGCCACUCAUCGCUGCCGCCCCCCAGCCCUCCUUUCUACAGGCCCGGGGCAGCCCCCUAGGACUCUGGUUCUGGCUGGGGAGACCGGGGCUUGCCAGCUGAAGGGUCCCAAGUGUGGGGGCCACUCCCUCCCCAGUCACUUUGAGCAAGUCCCUUCCCUUCACUGACCCCGGGGACCUCUGGUCCUGCCCUCCUGCUCUGUCUGCGGGUGUGAGAAAGGGCAGGGCGCAGGAGAGGCCAGCCCAACCUGCACGGCAGCACAACUCGGAGGCUCUUCCGCCACGCCACUGCCCACCUGGAAGAGUGGACAGCUUUUCAGAAAGGUUUGCUCCUGAAAGCAUGAACCCUGGCGAAGCGUGACACCACAUGAUUUUGAUGCCCCAACCUCGUGCUUCUGUUUCCAUUGUGACUGGAACAGAGGGAUGUCUGCCCCGGGCCACCAGAGGGGCUGGCGGUGGCAUCUCGGCCACCCCCGCAGGGUCCAAGUGCUGUUGUCCCAGGAGCCUGCGCCUCCUGGCGGGCCCCCUGUUCUGCUGCGCUGCGCAGGCUGUGUUUUGUCUGCAUGGUUUGGGGUCGUUGUCCUUGUGCCUUUUUGCUCCCUGUCACCGCUGUACAGGAUUUCCACGUGACCACUGCCCCUUUUCUACAUCCUGGCGUUGGCCCCCGCCCCUCCCGAGCCCUGUAAAUGUGUACAUAGUGUUCCACUCUGUGUCCACGUGCCUCUGCCAGGCAGGGUCCGCUCCCCCGCGGGGUCAGACCCCUCUGCCCUCCGCUCACUCAGCCAUGCAGACGCGGUCACUUGGUACAGGAUUUUUCAUUCUGGUCGUGAGCCUGGGGACCCACGUGGUCGCUCAUCCAGCCUGCUGCGAGUUUAGAAGCCCGCACACCUGGAAGGGGUGGCAGUGUGUAAAGCAGCUUCUCCCGCAAACCUCUGCCUGUGUUGGCGUCAACAUGUGCAGAUGGCGGCAUGCGCCUCGCUAACCCAGGCCUCAACCCGGCAGGGACGCUGCGGGGCUGCCCCCCCUGCUAGGGCCCCCGGAGGCGGCUCCAGCUGUGCGGCUGCGGCCCUGGGCCUGGGUUCGAGCUGCUGCUGUCCGGGAUCUAGGACAGCUUCGGACAAGUGGGCAGGAGGAGGCGGCUUCUUGCUGCCGCCCCUAUCUGCUGUUAACAACUGCCAAGCUCUUCCUCGUCCGCUGAAGGUGCUCAGACCCGGGUGCCAUUAACCACCCCCCCCUCCCCCCGCAGCGGUCAGGCCGCCAUCAGACGGCGCUGCUGCUGCUGCCUGCUGGCGCCCUGUGUCCCGCGCCUGCGCGUACUGUUUCCCGGCCGGGUCUCCGGGCCAAAUGGAACCGACUGCGCAUGUGGUCUCAGGUCUCAUCCCCCGAGGGUUGGUUGAAUGGCUUUGGCUGUCUGUGGGGCUCCACCUGAGUUUCUUGACCCAGGACCCUCCAUCUGGAAGCAGGUUAGCUUUGGGGCUCAGGGGAGGCCUCCCCCUCCAGGCCCGCGGUGGGGAGAGUGGGACGAGGCCCCAAGGCCGGGUCCCAGGAUCCCGAGCUCUCUGUCUCCGGCCUGCUUCUAGCCAAGAAGGAGCUGGCUCUCAGAGGCGGGCUUUUCUGGGAACUAAUGUACAGACCAAGGUGUAAAUAAACAGUUUGCUUUUCUUGCCUGA